AACGAAGACCUAUAAUAUAACCGGAAAGCGCAUACACGUAGGUUGAGCAACAUCCCAUAGGUUACACGUGUGUGUGUUUGUUGCUGACCUCUGGUCGUACCCUCACACAUAGCGGAAUGGCGGGCAGCAGGUUGGAGAAGUUUGGAACGGUUUUCACCCGGGUUCGAGAUCUGAUGCGCUCUGGAGUCAUUCAGCGGGCAGAGAAACCAAUCUGGUAUGAUGUAUUCCAGGCUUUUCCACCAAGGAGGGACCCACUUCACGUGAAGCCACGCAGCAGAGCCAGCUCCAAGAAACAGGAAACGGUGCCUGAUAUCUUCUACAGAGAGGAUGAAAUCAGAGCGAAGUUCUAUGAGCAGUAUGGGGUAGGUCCUCGGGCUCUUGACCUCACCAAAUCAACCUUUGUUUCUACGUGUCAGAGAUUUGUAGACAAAUACACAGAGUUACAGAGCCACCGCGAGCUGGAAGAGUCUGCUCUGUUUGAGGAGACUGGCAAGGCUUUACUCUCAGAGGGCAUUGUGUUGAGGAGGAGAGGAGCGCCACCUGUGUCAGCAGAGUCCAAGGAUCCUGUGCUCAAGCUGAAGCUAACAGACAUGUUGGCUGAGCAGCAGUCAACAGGUUCGCACAACAAGGAGACAAUGGAAGACCCAACUCAAACAAAGCUCAUAGACCCCAGCUACUCAAACACCAUUAGUUGAGCUGCAAAUUCUCCCACACAAAGAAAUGAUGUGUGAGUGACUUGAGAAGCUGUGGUUCUGUUUAUUCUCCUCUUAUGGAAGUGUUGGACAUUUGUUACAACCACCACUUGUCGGGAACUGCUCUCUCUGGAACUGCUGUCCUAACUGGCUGAAUGCAACCUCCUUGUUUCCUCGGCUGAUGCCAUUUAGAUUUGAAUUAUUUCAGCAUCAACUAACAUACUGUUGUCAUUAAAGAGUCUAUAUUUCAGCAAA